ACCCAUCUCCCAUUAUGAAGUGGACCUGAAGGUAGGAGUGGAAACACAGCCUCCUAUCCGCACUCCACACCCUCAUCUUCCAGCAGUGAGGGUGGGAUAUUAAGGCUCUCAUGGCAUCAAGGAUUGAAGCAAUGGGAUAAUGGAGAUCCUGGACAUUUGUUUCUUCACCAGUGAAAAUUAAAUGAAGACCCAGGAGUCACUACAACUAUAGGGAUGAGAAGGAAGUUUCAGCAGCUAGAGUGUGGUGAUCCCUGAAAGUGAAUCAAAAUAAAUCAGCCAAGACCAUUACUGCCAACUGAGACCAUUGGAAAGGGGCUCUGGAAUGGUGUAAUUAGUUGCCAUUACAUAGCUGCAAGCCUGCAAUUUUCCUUCUGACUCUGACCCACUGCAUUGCUUAAAAAGACAGCUUCUAUCAAGACAGUCCUUCUAUCAAGAAAUUGAAUUUCACCAACAUAGCACAACUCCCCAAAGCCAUCUGGAUUUGCUCAUAGCAGUGUUGUAAGCUUACUUAAAAGGACAACUUUUAGCAGAAACUAUCCUAGAAACAAUUUUCUUCAAUGGAUGAAUGUUUGGAGGCUCAUAGAAUUUACUUUUCCACCAAGAUUAUUUGGUAGAACUCCAACCAACAUUUCUGACCUCCAGACUUGAAUUCCUUUUAUUAUGCUACAUGUUGUUAGGGGGUGGUAGGCUUUAUUUCCUCCAGAAGAAAAAUCUUUAGGAAACUAAAGAACAGGCAGAAGAUAAUUUCAAAUGGUGACAAGUUUUUUCUUUUUUCAAUAUCAUCUACACCUCAAUUGUGAGACAGUCUAUAAUAUCUUGAUGUCAACAGAAAGGUUACAAGAUAGAAGUUAGAAACUACCAGAGUAUUUAUUUUAAAGUAUCCAUUGUCCCUGGACUGCAGCUAAAGGACUUUAACAGUUACUAAAACAUCACCACAAGUUCAACUGCUUUUAAAAAGACUUCUACCCCAACAGAAGAUGGUGCCAUUAGCAUAUUAUGGUCAACACUUCGUGCCGCUAGACCACUCUUACCAACUGGCCACAACCAAUUCAUUAACACAUAAAUACACCAGUGAAAAAUUAAAUCAACUCGAUAACCGACCUGCAGCCAAAGUGCAAUCCUGUAGCCAUCAUCUUGCAGGAUCUCCAUUAAGCUCUAACAAAAAGGUCCAGAGCUGCUCAAUAUUGCCUUCUCCCAAGUCUCAGCAUAAACUUUCACAGAAAUUGUAUAACAGGGCUCUGAAAUCACCAUUAUCCCAUUCCACACAUCAGGUUACACGUUCAGUAAACCUCCACUGCAGAAGUUCAUUGCUGCCCAGUCAGAGAGCCGUGAAUUCACCUUUGUCUCACCCGAAAGCUCAAACAACAUCUUCGCCUCACCUCAACAAGACAUCAUCAGCACUGAAGCCAAAUCAAACAGCCUCAAGAUCACGAUUACCCUUCCCGAAACCUCAGACUACGUCUUCAAGCCUAGACUUCUGCUGGACUUCGUCUUCAUUGAAGUCUAAUCAAAGAACCCCGAGUUCAUCAUUAACUUCCCUCCAAAAUCAAGACAUACCUUCCCUAAACACCAUCUGGACAUCUGCUUCCUUGGGAACUAACCAAAGAGCCCUUAGUUCAACAUUACUUCAAUCCAAACCUCAGAAAACAUCUUCUUUGGACGGUCUUUGGACAUUACUGGAUCACAAUCAAAAGUCUUUGAGCUCACCAUCGCUCGAUACCAAACAUCAAUCAAAUGACUUCCUUCGGACAUCACCUUCAUUGGAGCCCAAUCAAAAGGCUCUGAUCUCACCAUUACCUGACUCCAGACCUCAGAAGUCUUCGAUAUUAAGCUCUAAACCUAGUGUUCUAAGCUUGCCAUUGUCUUACCCAAGAGCAAGGAAAUCAUCAUUACCACAUUCUGCCCGCCAAUCUCAGAGUUUACCGUUGUUUCAGGUCAAAUCUCAGACAGUACUUAAGCUUGAUCAUAACUUCCAGAGCCCCAGCUCACCAAUAUGCCACUCCAAGUUUCAGAAUACCGCUUUACCAAAUGACAAAAACAGAACCACAGAUUUACCAUCACCCUAUCCCAAACCAAGUGUCUCAGGCCAAUCAUUAUCAAGCUCCAAACACUGCAUCAGGAACACAACUGCUUCAACAUUGAAGUCCAGACUCCAGAGUAAAACCAGCUUUACUUUUUGUGCAAAGACAGAAUCAAAUAAAGAAGUUCCAUGGAUUUUAGGUUAUAAUCAGCCAUACAUUGUUAAAGGUGGCACUGUCCCUGAUGAUGUUGUAAAUAAAAUUGUCAAUUCUAUCUCCAAGACCAAAAUCCAGAGGGAUCUCUGUAGGCAGAUUAUCUUUCGAAGGAUGAGGGGAAGGCCUAAUCCUCAUCCUGGUCCACGCCUUUCAUCAAAUUAUAUGGUUUGCUUAGCUUGUGCUUCCUGCAUAAAAUCUCAGUGUAGCCAUCUUACAGGAAAGAAAGACCCUCGUUGUGCAACAUUGUAUGUCAUACCAACACCUCAGGCCAAUUCUGAGGGGAAAAUAGAGGUGAAAUUAAAUUUUACUCUUUCUCUACCAGAGACUUCUUUCUCAUCUUAUCUCCCAUUCCCUAUGAAAGAAAAUCAGACUGAUGGAGCCCCUGAAGAAAACGUUGAAGGAGUGGAGAAGAUAUCACAGCUUCUCCCCACAUCUGAAUCUGAUAUCAUCCAGGGGCUCGAUAGGAAGAAAAAAUUGUUGACAGAAGCCCCUGAGAACAAAGUUAUAAGCCAACAGCCCCAGGCUAUUGACUGGCUGCUUUAUGUUAAAAAAAGUAGUAAUUCUCAGCCACAACCCCGGCUCCCAUCCUCUUCCUCUUACUCCUCCUCCUCUUCUUCCUCCUCCUCCUCUGCUGCCUCUGCCUGCUCUGCCUCCUCUUCAUCUUCCUCUUCUUCCUCUUCCACCUCACCCUCCUCACCACCUCCUCUGGAAGAUACUACCACAUCCAGCCGUUCGGAUUGUAUCCUCACUAAGGUACUUAGUUCCCACCGCUUGCCUCCAGGGGUUUCCUGGCUUGAGUUUAUAUAUAGUAAAGAUCACCAGCCACUUCCUGAAAAACCAUAUCAAAGUCGAUCAUCACUUCUCCAAACAAAGCCUGUGAGGAGUAGCAAAGCACUAAGAGGGACAAAGGGACCAAACAUACCAUUCAAAUUUUCCAGACAAAGUCUCAAAGUGAGAAAUACUGAUUAAAUUAACAUUUUGUCUCUUUGAAAGCA